GUGCGCCCGGGACGCCUCCCCAGCCCUGCGGAGAGGCCGCUCCGCGCUGUGGCGGCGCUGCCUUCCCGCCGCUCGUGUCGCGGGUGCCACCUCGGGAGGGGCUCCGGAGGGGCCCGCUGGCCACGCCGUGCAUGGCUGGCUGCUUAAGGCAGCCAUGAAGGCCGGUAAUCCGGAAUGUUGAUCUCAUGAAUUCCAAAAUGAAACAGAAACCGACCGCAGAAAAGUCCUCAGGAUCUUUGCAGAAGUACCUCACGGAUACCACAUGCAGUGCUGCCCAAAGACCGACUCUUAAAAUGAUCCAGCCUUCAGCAGCUGGUAGCCUGGUUGGCAGACAUAAUGAGAAGAAAUCUUCAGUCAGAAGGAAACUCUGGAAUAACAAAUUUGCCUCAAAGGCUUCUAAAGCCGGGGUGUCUGUGGACAAGGAGCAAGAGAAUGAGAAUGAUGUCAUUCAAGCUGAAGAUCUCAUGAUGAAAGGAAGUCCUUCAUCUCGGUAUUGGAAAGAAGUGGCUGAAGAAAGGAGGAAGGCUCUGUAUGAAGUGCUUCAAGAAAAUGAAAAGUUGCACAAAGAAAUCGAGCAGAAGGAUGGUGAAAUUGCCCGCCUGAAAGAAGAAAAUGAAGAGCUCAUGUCCCUUGCUGAGCAUGUGCAUUAUAUGACCACUGUGAUUGAGAGGCUAACUGGGCAAGCACCUGACAGUCUCGAGACACUGGAGAGUCUGGUUCUAGAGGAAUCCAGACAGGAAAAUGAAGAGCACAACUGCGGAGAUGAGGCAGACAGCCCUUCUGAAGAAGAGCCAUCACAAGUAUUGUCUGGUUUAAGGGAGACUAGAUCAGAUCUUCCUUCAAAGGAAGCAAGCCAUUUGCAACUGGAAUGACAACCUUUAAGUAGGCUUAUGUACCAGGCUUUUAAUUGCAGACUUCCUCUUGAAAGGAUGUACUACACCUCAGGUAUAGAAACUCUUGUGGGAACAUUACAGAUGUUGGUAUUUUAACUGGAAUUAUGUAGCAGUGGGAGGAGUAUCUGAAUACUGCAUGGAAAAUUUACUACAGGCUGCAUGUAGUUGCUUGUAUGAAACGCAAAUACUGUGUAUUUCAACUGUUGUGUAAAUAUCUUUCUUAUCAGUUGGUCUGACAUGAAGCAUGAAAAUUGAUAAAUAAAUCUUUGCAUUACCAAAAUAGUGUCUUAAUUGACAAGGGAAUGGUUAAUCCUUGGUUUAAAUCAGUUAUGACUCCUGUAGAUGGAAGCUUUCAAGCUUUUAGGGGGAUGCCUGGACAGUUUUUAGUUCUUCUUAGGUUUGCAGAAUUCUGGAGAACAAAAUUGCUUUUUUUUUGUGGAUAGAGGGUGAGAAAAAGCUAAAAUUUGUGUGGUGUUGGUGAGGUUUCAGAAAAUCUUCCUGGGUAAUGAAUCAAAAUGUAAAGGUCAGUUAGAUUUAUGAUUUUAAUUUUUUAAAAAAUUAAUUUCCUCUGCCUUCUUAGGAAACAUUUUGCAAACUGUGUAAUGAGAGCUUAAGUAGGAAAUAUUGGACCAUUUAUUUUAGUAAUACUGUAUUUGGCUUAUGAAGAGAAGGUGGUGUGUUCUUAGUCCCAGUAGUAGCUGUGCUGAAAACUAGGUGGAGACAAAACAGAGCUGUUCUGAAAGGAAACUUGGUGUUUUCAAGGUACUGCUCUGGUAUUUACCAAGAGAUGAGACACCCUUUUACCAAGGUACUUAGGUUCUAAAAGGUUUACAGGAAUAGAAAGUGAUCUUUAAAACCUUGAGCGCCUUAUCUGAUAUCUGCAUGGGGUGUGAUGGAGCAGGAGAGUAAGUUGGAUACAGAUUUUCCAGUACCGAGUGAACUGAGACGUAUUUCGGGAGGAGCUUAAAGCUCAGUGGCUUUCAGGAGGCAGAAGUGAAUAGAAGCAUCCUGAGUUGUGCAUCUCUCUGGCCUUGCUAGAGAUGAUUGCUUCAGGGUACGUGUGAAUGACUCUGGAGCUAUCAGAUUGGCACCUUUAUAUUCCUUCUGUUUGACUUCCUGUGGCUGUUGAUCAGUUAACAGAUGUUUUACAAGUGAUUUCAGUUGUGACAUCCAGGAAACGUCAGAAACCAUUAUGGGAGGCAAUACUCCUGGCUGCCAUUUUACCUCAAGCAUGCUAACUAGAAAACGAGGCAUCACAAUUUCUGUGAACUUUGUAAGCACAAGAUUACAUCUUCCAGUGUGUGUUCCAGGGGUUUCUUAGGCAUAUUCCUUUCCAUCACUGUGCUGAAAAGGUGAGAAAGGUGUGUCCUUUAUCUUGCACUGGUGCCAUCUUGAAGAAGAAACAAAACGGUGCUGGGCAAAUGCUUUGUAGAGUAACCUUGGUUUUCUGUUAGGAGAAGUGCAUAAUGGUUGUCAAGUGACUUAGACUUCUCCUAGCUCACAUUGUAAGCAACUUUCUUAACAAAGUAGUUCAACAUUAGUAAGGAAACAUAAAAUUCAUUUUGAUAAAAUUGGUUUUUUGCAGUUCAAUUUAGUUUAAGUUAUUGAUUGUUAACUCUUACCUUUUUUAGAGGUGGCUUUAUUUUUAAACAUCAAGUAUAUUGUAUUUGCAGAGGCUGUAGAAGGGAAGAAAGGACUGUGGCAUGACUAGCAGACCAAAAUGAGACCACAAGUGCAGCUUUUCCACUGCUUCACUUCCUGCUGUGUGAACUGCUGUAGUACAGGUGCUGUUGUUGGAACAGAACUGCCAGAAAGAGACAAAUCCAGAAUUUGUGUGUAGUAUCUGCAUCUGUGUUUCUUACCUUCAGGUUGAUCAAGAAGAAUGCUUAUUAGGUUUAGAUCUUAUGCUUUUUCUGGAUUAAUUUUAUUUAAAUAAAAGAUGUGACAGUC